AUGGUUAGCCACAGAGGAGGAGGAGCCAUGGCUAGUGCCCUGAUUUUGCUGCUGCCUUUGCUAUUUCCAUGUCUUUUCACUCCUUUGAGCCACGCUUUGCCCUCUGUUCUCUCGGAGUGGAACACUCUGAAACCUCGACACUCUCGUCUCCUUAAAAGUGCUCUGCAACGCCAAAUUUCCGACGAGCAACAGACUGAACUGUGGAUGUCUUUAGCCAACCAAGGAUGGAAACCUCGUCUUAGUUCAGACAAAACCUCCAAAUUGCCAGAAAAAACUGAAGGUUACAUUCAGGUGUUCCUUGAUGGUGGUCUAAAUCAGCAGAGAAUGGGUAUAUGUGAUGCGGUCGCUCUCGCUAAAAUCUUGAACGCGACCCUUAUAAUUCCACAUCUUGAAGUGAACCCUGUCUGGCAAGACUCAAGCUCGUUCGAGGAUAUAUUCGAUGUGGAUCACUUCAUUAGCGUGUUGAAGGACGAUGUGUCUAUUAUAAAAGAGAUACCCGAUGAGUACUUUUGGGGCACAAGAGAAUAUUAUGCCACAGCCAUUAGAGCAACCAGAGUUAAGACAGCGCCCGUUCAUGCUUCGGCAAACUGGUACCUUGAUAAUGUUUUGCCUAUCAUCCAGAGUUAUGGGAUUGCUGCAAUUGCACCCUUUUCACACCGCCUGGCAUUUGACAAUAUGCCAGAGGAGAUCCAAUGGCUAAGAUGUAAAGUCAACUUCCAAGCUUUAGUCUUCGUCCCUCACAUCAGAGCUCUUGGCGAUGCCCUCGUUAGCCGUCUCAGAUACCAUCCGAGCACCAACCAAUUCAACACUAACGAGAAAAUCGAGGAUUCUAAAAACAAACAAGGGACUGGGAAAUUUGUCGUCAUACACCUUCGUUUUGACAAGGCACCUAACACUAACAUUUUUUUUUUUCUUUUAAAAAUGAAGGAUAUGGCUGCCCACUCAGCGUGUGACUUUGGAGGAGGUAAGGCCGAAAAAUUGGCUCUGGCCAAAUACCGGCAGGUUAUUUGGCAAGGGAGGGUUUUGAAUUCUCAAUUUACGGAUGAGGAGUUGAGGAGUCAAGGACGUUGCCCUUUGACCCCGGAAGAGAUUGGAUUGCUGCUAGCAGCUUUAGGAUUUGACAACACGACUCGUUUGUAUCUUGCUUCCCACAAGGUGUAUGGUGGGGAAGCUAGGAUCUCAGCUUUACAAAGUUUAUUUCCAUUAAUGGCGAGCAAGAAGAGCCUAGCAUCUUCAGAAGAAAGAGCUCGAAUCGAAGGAAAGGCUUCUUUGUUAGCUGCAGUGGAUUAUUAUGUUAGCUUGCAGAGUGAUAUUUUCAUUUCAGCAUCCCCAGGAAAUAUGCACAAUGCCGUGGUGGGGCAUCGAACAUACGAGAACAAGAAGAUCAUAAGACCUAACAUGGCACUACUAGGCCAGCUUUUCUUGAACAAGAGUCUGACCUGGCCUGAGUUCCAAGAGGCAAUUAUCGAAGGGCAUAAAAACAGGCAAGGGCUGCUCAAACUACGCAAACCACAGCAGUCAAUAUACACAUACCCGGCUCCGGAUUGCAUGUGCAGUGCUUGA